AUGCUUUCUGCAGCACUAUUUUACGUUUUAGCUGUAUUUUGUUCUGCAAGGACACAUGCUUUACCUCUAUACUCUGAGUCCAACUUGGAGCCCCAGGCAGACUUCCUACAGAAAUUAAUGUCAGAGGUGGAGGCUGGUGCGAGCAACGCUCAGGGGUCUCAGACGGAGGUGAACGACUUGCACCCUCUCCUGAUGCAGCACAGUGGUGGCAGGGACUCUUGGAAUAAAGGGGCAAAUGAUUUUGGACAACAGGAUAAACUGGCCAACAUGGUUGACGACUUCAAAGAAGUGGUUUUGAAGCUGGCGGCUGCUGACAAGCUUCGCUCUCAGGGUUUCUUCAGGUCAGAGGCAAGCUUGCCUAAAACCAGCAAGAGAGCAUGUUUCUGGAAAUACUGCGUGACCAACUAG